CCUGUAGCAUAUACUGUGGAGGGUGAGACAAUUCUGGAGCAGGAAGAGGGUUGCAGCUCCGCAAAGAAGAGCCGCAUGGAAGGGCAUUCAACCGAACGUUACUAUGCCACAGUGUCAAAUCUUCCUGCUGGUGAACAGCUGUUUUUGCUACCAAUUACAGAAGGCCGAGACAUCAGUCCAUCUGAAGUGCAAUAUAUUAUAUAUCAGCCACAGCAGGGCAAUUCGACGUUUACACAAGAAGUUCAAGAGCCGAUGAGAAAGCUAAGCCCACCACCGUCGGAGCGCGAUUACAUGCUUGGUCUGUCACAUGGUGAAACACUGUCCGAUAUGUUUAAGGAUGAUCUCAUUUGA